CAUAUAAUAAUAAUAAUAAUAAUAUAUAAUAAUAAUAAACGUAAUAAUAAUAAUAUCCCACUCAGGAUUAAUUGUACGUAAAAGAGAGAGAGAGAGGGGGGGGAUCCUAAUGAAUGAAUUAAUUAAGAAUUAAUUAAUUAAGAGGACGUGGGUUGUUCCAUAAUUAUCUCCGUCAAAGCACACGAAGGAGUGAGUGUACUAUUCUUCUUGUCAAAAUUUACAAAAUCAUCAUAAAUCAUCCCACUCAGGAUUUCUUACCUUAUUGUACGAUUAUCUCGAAUCCAAUAUCCUCUAAUUACUACACCAAAUCCCCUCCCAUCAAUCCUCAUCAAUUAUUUAUUUAAUUUAUUUAAUAAUAAAUACACCACCUCGCUCUCUCUCGCCCUCUCUAUAUAUCCUUUGUUAUUGUUAAGUAAUUUAAUGUAAUUAAAUUAAUUUCCGGCUCUCCUCUAUAUAAAGUCCGUUUUCGUUGCCUUCCCGCUCCAGUUUCUACAAUUGCAGGCAAGAGGCAGGCGACAGCAGAAGGUACAUAUACUUUGAUGGCCAGGAAAAAGGUGAGCUUGGCAUGGAUCGCAAACGACUCGACGCGGCGGGCGACGUUCAAGAAACGGCGCAAGGGGCUGAUGAAGAAGGCUAGCGAACUGGCGACGUUGUGCGACGUGCGGACGUGCGUGGUGGUGUACGGGCUCGGGGAGGCACAGGGGAAGGUGUGGCCGUCGCCUGCGGAGGCUGCACGCGUGCUGGCGCGCUUCAAGAGCAUGCCCGAGAUGGAGCAGUGCAAGAAGAUGAUGAAUCAGGAGGGCUUCCUGCGCCAGCGCGUCGCCAAGGCCCAGGAGCAGCUCCGCAAGCAGGAGCGCGAGAACCGCGAGCUCGAGACCACCCUCCUUAUGUACGACGGUCUUAACUCCGUCGCCGAAGGUGUAGGUGCGGUCGGCCGGCUGCGUGACCUGGCCAUCGAGGACGCCACCAGCCUCGCCUGGAUGGUUGAGAUGAAGGCCAAGGCCGUGCAGGAGCGCAUCGAUAUCCUAAAAGCCCAGAUGCAUCACACCGCUUCUGCCGCCGCCACGGCCGCUGCCUCCUCCUCACACGCUGCCGCGGUAAUCCAACAGCACCAAGGACCGGCCGACGCGCUGGUCGCGAAGGAUAAGACGCCGCUCGAGGCUGCCAUGGAGGCACUGCAGCGACAGAACUGGUUCAUGGAGGUGAUGAACCCUAGUAUCGACAAUAACGUUCUCUUCGGCAGUGUCAGUGCGCAAGCGGAAGAGAUGAUGUUGAUGCAGCCCUACAUUGACACCACAAUGCCGUGGCUCGAUCCCUACUUCCCUCUUAACUGAUCAUGAUCUCUCUAUCCUCGCAUGCAAAAUUAUACAUUGAGCGAUCUGUGAUGGGAUUUAUAAGGAUAUAUUAGUAGUUCUUUUUCCUUUUCCGGCCCUACGUCGAUCUUACGUCUUAGUUUUCCUUUUACUUAGUCGCAGAAUAAGUCUAGAUUGUAGUCGCCAGAGUUAAUUAGAGGGUUUGCCUGCUGAUGAUGAGGAUGCAUGCGUUAGGCCAGUGCGUGUUGCUUAUAGCCUAGCCGUGUAUGUAAAUAAAGAGAAGGUAUUAAUGCUUACAAAUUUUAAUUCUCGUGA